CCACACAAGCACUUGAAAAUCGUUACACCAUCAAUAUGUCUUUGGCUAUCAAACACUCUCUUCUGUUGGGGAUGCUCGUCUUCAUCAUAGGCUUGUUGGCUCUUUCUCAGCCAGCAACGGCUGAUUGUAACAAUGGAGUCCCGGAUAACUUUAACCGUAGCUAUUUUCCGGAUGACUUCAUUUUUGGGACAGCCACUUCUGCUUACCAGAUUGAAGGUGAAGCAAACACAACGGGCAGAGGACCUAGUGUCUGGGACAUAUUUACCCAUGAAUCUCCAGAGAGGAUAAAGGAUCACAGCAAUGGAGACGUUGCAGUUGAUUUCUAUAAUCGCUACAAAGAAGAUAUACAAAAUGUAAAGGCUAUGGGUUUCGAUGCUUUCCGAUUAUCCAUUUCAUGGCCCAGAGUUAUACCUAGUGGAAGGAGACGUGAAGGAGUGAACGAGGAAGGGAUUGAAUUUUAUAAUGAUGUUAUCGAUGAAAUUAAAAACAAUGGCCUAAAACCUUUUGUUACUCUUUUUCAUUGGGACACUCCUCAAGGCCUAGAGGACAAAUAUGGUGGCUUUUUAAGCAGUAAUAUCGUGAAUGAUUUUCGUGAUUAUGCGGAUCUUCUCUUUGAUAAAUUUGGUGAUCGCGUGAAGCAUUGGAUGACUUUCAAUGAACCAUGGGCUCUCAGCGGAUUUGCAUAUGAUGAUGGAGUUUUUGCCCCUGGUCGAUGCUCAUCUUGGGUGAAUCGUCAAUGUCGUGCUGGAAACUCAGCCACUGAACCUUACAUAGUUGCCCAUCAUUUACUCCUUUCUCAUGCUGCAGCUGUACAAGUCUAUAGGGAAAAGUACCAGACAACUCAAGAUGGGAUGAUCGGAAUAACACUCUUUACAUUCUGGUUUGAACCUCUCUCCAAUAGAUCAAUUGAUAUAGAAGCAUCUAGAACAGCCCUUGAUUUCAUGUUUGGAUUGUGGAUGGAUCCUUUAACUUACGGUCAAUAUCCGAGAAGGGUGAAGGAUUUAGUUGGAGAUAGAUUGCCCAAAUUUACUGAUGAAGAAACUCAAUUGCUUAGAAAAUCGUAUGAUUUUCUUGGAUUACAAUACUAUACUUCGUAUUAUGCAAAACCAAAUGCUCCAUUUGAUCCAAAUCAUAUUAGAUACAAGACUGAUAGCCGCAUUAUUGAAACUGCUUUUGAUUAUGAUGGCAAACCAAUUGGUCCACAUGCUUACUCACCUUGGUUUUAUAUUUUUCCGAAAGGCAUCCGACAUCUUCUAAACUACACCAAAGAUACAUAUGAUAAUCCAGUAAUUUUCAUUACUGAGAAUGGGGUUGAUAGAUACAAUAACGAAUCCUUAACUCCUGAGCAAGUUAUGAAGGAUAAAUUCAGGAUAGACUAUUAUCGGGAGCAUAUGUGGCAUGCAUUGGGGUCCCUCAAGGAAUACAAUGUUAAUCUCAAAGGUUACUUUGCAUGGUCAUAUUUGGACAACUUCGAAUGGAAUAUUGGUUAUACUUCAAGAUUUGGUUUAUACUAUGUAGACUACAACGAUGACCUGAAAAGAUACCCGAAGAAUUCAGCUCUAUGGUUCACGGAUUUCCUGAAGCCAUUGGUUCCAAACAAGAUCACCAAGACUACUUCAAAGGGUUCAAGGAGGGUUGGCAAAUACUACAUAAUGUAGUCUGUGUUGUGCCUUGUAGAGGUGCCAUUAUUAUAUGUGUAACUUCUAUGUGUCUUGCAAUUAAAUAAUAUCAUUGGGCUGCUUCCAAGCUCCAAUGACAGCUUGUGCUGUAAUAGAUUUGUGUGACUUUUGUGUGUCUUGCAAUUAAAUAAUAUGAUCAUUGGGCUAGCUACUGCUUAGCUCCAAUGACAUGGCUUGUGAUUUUUGGUGAAAUUGUAUCUCCUAUAGGAGUUCCAAACUUAUGUUGUAUUGCUGUUCCUUCUUUGAAAUGUUAUAUGGUUUUAAGUUGUGUUUUAAA